CAACAUAAGAUGGCACACCAUGGAAUACGUAUCAACAUAACCCCUGUGUCCGGCUGUGUUUGAAGUUGUCAAAGCAUAUUUUUUGUGGAAACGUUUAUCAAUAAAAACAAACAUUUUGAUACAACGCCAGUAAUAAUUGCGUAAAAAAAUGUCCGAUCUUGAACGCACCGACUCCGAAUCGGACAAUGAUAUGGAAACAGAGAUAAACAUUCAUGAGGCGGACACUGACGAUUCAGAUUCGGAAUCGUCGGAAGACGAGGACGCUAAGAACAUACAAUCGUAUGUGGUCUGUCUCAGCCGCAUUGAGAAAAACAAGUACAACUAUGACAGCUAUGUGGAAUUGCUGGACUUGGCCCAUGGCACCGGCGAUUUGGAGAAAAUCCGUCAAAGUUACGAAUUAUUUGCAUCGGUGUUUCCCUUAGCUCCUGAACAUUGGUUGAAAUGGAUUCGGUUAGAAUUGAAUAUUUCCAUAUCACCGGCGGAAGUUAAGAGGGUCUUUCUGCUGUUUCAACGAGCGUUGUCGGACUAUUAUUCGUCAGAAGUGGCUCUUGAGCUGGCUAAUCUGGCACUAAGAUCUCCCAAGUGCGAUGAUGUAUGGGAGCAACUGUUGUCAACGUAUACGUUGCAUUGCCUCCAAGGCAGAUCAAUUUUUGAGGCGUAUCGACUGUACUUGGACAAAGAGGACAGUGGUAAAUCUGAGGAGUAUUACAAGAAGUUGAUCGAAGCAUACGAAAGGGAACUGUCUUUGCCACUGAAAGAUAUGGAAGAGACGUACAUUGAAUUUAAGGUGCUGUGCGAAAAGCAGCAAAAAAGUGAAUUAGUGAACUGGACUCGUAUCGAUUUAGCUUACAACACAGCUAAAGAGCAAUUGCAGAAAAUUCUGCCUUUCGAGACGAGACUGGCUGAAUUGGAUCCUAAGAGCCAUCAAAAUCGGGCCGCUGUCUAUCUCGAAUACAUUGAAUGCGGACGGCAGUUCUUAAACGAUCGAAUUGUUCAAGUACUGUACGAACGGAUGGUAACCGAAUGCUGUUUAAAUGUAUCCUGCUGGUUAAGCUACAUCAAAUACAUCCAAAGUCGUGACGGUCAUCAGGCGCCACAGACGAACGGUGUCGAAAGACCGCUGUUAUACAGUCAAACCGAAUGGGACAUAAUCAAUCGGGCUAUUCGCAACUGCACCUGGACAGCGUCCGUAUACAUUGAAAAGAUGCGCAUAGCCGAGCGAAUGGAACUGAACAGAGACGAAGUGAAGGGUGUGCUGGAACAUGCUCUGGCCGCCGGAUUUCCCACCGCAGAGCAAUAUGUCUCGAUUUGGUUGGAAUAUUUGUCGUACUUGAGGCGAAAUACGGUGUUUGCGUGCGAGAAAGAAUGCGAAAUUAUCCGAGCCACAUUCACGAUGGCAUGGGAUUUACUCGGUCGCCAGUUCGGCGAACUCGCUGACUGUGAGUGUGAGAUUUUGCAGUUUUGGGGAAGAUUGGAAUACGGACCGUUGAAUGAUCUGGCUAAAGGGAAGCAAUUGUGGACGACGGUUAUGGAAAGUGCGGAUAAUGCAGCGAAAUCUGCUCUGUGGAUUGAAUUCGCUCACUUGGAAAUGAAGAAAGGACCGGACGGAGCUAGAAAAGUUUUUCGGAAGGCUCUGUCCACCCAAGAAAUCGACAACAUAAAUGUCAUAGCGUCCGCAUGGAUACGAUUCGAAAGAUGCAAUGGAACGUUGGCUCAAUUGAAAUUGUGCGAGGAAUCGUGUCAAGAACGCUUAGCAUCGACGCUGUAUAAAGCUAGAGCCGCAGCGAAGGGUAAAAAUCUGAAGCGCAAAGCCACCCGAACAGAUCCACCAAGCGUUAGUGAAUCAACCGUAUCGAAGGCUAAGGCAAAGACGAACAAAAACUCUCUUCAAAAUUCGAACUCAAAUGACUCGAAUUCGACGGAAAUUAAGCGCCGGAAAGCGGAAAAAACGGUGGUAAAAUCGGGAGAAAAAUUGCCGGAAAAUAAGGUGGAUGAAGUGGACACCAGCAGAGAUGAUGUUACAAUUUUUGUAAGCAAUCUGGACUACAGUGUGACCGGUGAGGAUAUAAUUGAAGCAUUCCCCGAAUUUAAAAUCGUUCAUGUGAACAUUAAGAAAACAGCCAAUGGAAAUUCUCGCGGUUUCGGUUAUGUCCAGCUGGAAAGUGCUGCUGAUGUGGAGAAAUCUCUGCUAUUCGAUAGACGUCCAAUCAAAGGUCGACCCGCAUUCAUAUCAAGCGUUCUCCGCGACAAAGAGAAGCGAAGUGUAUUCAAAUACGCUGAAUGUGUGGAAAAAACGAAACUCUUUCUUAAAGGCUUGGCUUUCGAGGCGACAAAAAGUGAUCUGGAAACUUUGUUCGGACAAUUUGGUACCCUGAAAGAUGUCCGACUGGUGUAUCAGAAAAGCGGAGCACCCAAAGGACUGGCGUACAUUGAAUACGAAAAGGAGUCAUCAGCAAGCGAUGCCGUGCUCAAAAUGGAUAAUUAUGAAUUCAAGGGUCACAAGAUGUCCGUGUCAAUUUCCAAUCCACCGCCCAAAGCCAAUGUCAAAAGUGUUAAAAUUGAAGCGGUUUCUCUGGGUCAAGGAAGGCGAAACGUUCUGCCAAGAAGUGAUGCCAAGCCGAGACUGUCAUUUAUUCCGAGGUCGGUGCAGAAGAACGUUUUAGAUUUAAGCACAAAUCAUGCAGUGGCUGACAAGCCAAAAUCAAAUGAAGAUUUUCGAAAAUUGUUGAGCAAGCAAUAAAGUGAAUUUUGUUUUCUGCUUGAACAUCAA